AUGGACGCGUUAGGUGACUACGUGAUUUGGAACACUUCCGGCAGUGUAGUUCAGGAUCGAUGGAACACUCUUCUGGACACGAUUGGUGAUGAUCCGGAGUUUCUGUACGUUUGGGCUUUAACAACCUGGGUCAAUGGGUUCUUCUGGGUUUUCGGAGCCUUUUUCGUGCUGAUGGAUAUAACCAAUAGGCCGAGGUUUUUGAGGAAGUACAAAACUCAACCGGGUAUGAACGAGCCCCUCAAAUGGGAAGGUCUUUGGAAAGUCAUGAAGACCAUUUUGUUCAAUCAAACCGUGAUCGGGAUUCCUCUGACCUACAUCGGGUAUCACACCGCUGGCAAAAAUAAUCUUCCGGAUGUUCGAGUGCUUCCCAGUGCCUUCGUAGUAGUGCGUGAUUUGGCCAUCUCGUUGUUCUUUGCCGAGAUCGGGUUCUACUACGUCCAUCGGAUUCUUCAUUUGAAGCCCCUCUACAGACACAUUCACAAGAAACACCACGAGUGGACGGCUCCCUUUGCCUGGGCAGCUAUGUACUGCCACCCACUAGAGCAUAUCUUCAGCAAUAUGAUCCCACCAAUUAUCGGAAUUCACCUUAUGAAGAGCCAUCUGGCGACUGCGGCCCUCUGGUUUCCGCUGGUGAUCAUCAACACGAUCCGGGAUCACUGCGGGUACCACUUUCCGUUUUUCCCGAGUUCGGAAUUUCACGAUUAUCAUCACGCCAAGUUUACGGAAUGUUUCGGAACGUUCGGAUACCUGGAUAGGCUACACGGAACCGACCGGCAGUACCGAAAAAGCAAACAGUAUCUGAGGCACCGGUUCUUGUGGAGCACUAAAUCGGCACGGGAAGUGGUUCCGGAUAAGUGA